GUAAGUCGGCAGACUAAACCCAACAACCAGCAUAAACCAAACACAAGAGCAGCGGAUGAGCAGGAAGUUGGUGUGCGUUAUGUGCAGUGAUUAUCUUCAGUUGUUUCAUAUGAGUGUAUCUAGAAGAUAAGGAAUUGACCAAGAGAUUACUUGUGCAAACAAGUCAAUAGAUACAGAAUGGCUGGUGCGAGAUUUCUUCUGCUUGCGCUGCUUUCAAUUAACGGAGCGUUUUCUCAAGUCGCCGAAAAAUUGGUGCAGAAUCCGUGCAUAUCGAAGACAUCCUGUCAUGAAUGUAUACAGACUCCAUCCUGUGCCUGGUGCUACAAACAAGAUUUUGGUGAGAGAACAAGAUGUUUCCAACCGUCGAAUCCCGGAUCCAUGACUUGCCCGGAAAAGUACGUGAUCAAUCCGGAUAAUCAGAAGCGAAUCGUGAUGAAUAAACCGUUGUCCACUGUGAAUGCGGGCGGUAGCUUCAAAGCUAAUUUGGGAGAUGGUUCAUCUGCUUCUUCGAGCGGAGAAUCUAAUAUCAUACAAGUCUCUCCGCAGCGAGUUAAUUUGAAACUAAGAGCGAGACAAUCAUUGAGGUUUUCCUUAUUCUACACUCAAGCCGAAGAUUACCCGGUCGAUCUGUACUACCUCAUGGACCUCUCCAAAUCCAUGGAGGACGACAAAGGCAAAUUGUCUUUACUAGGAAAUCUGUUGGCGGAUUCCAUGAAGAAUAUUACCUCUAAUUUUAGAUUAGGUUUCGGUAGCUUCGUCGAUAAAGUCGUCAUGCCAUAUGUUAGCACAGUACCGAAAAAAUUGAAGGCGCCUUGCCAAGACUGCGAACCGCCGUACGGGUUCAAGAACCACAUGACUCUGGAUACGGACACUUCAAGGUUUUCGACUAUGGUGAAGGCAGCUGCAGUUUCUGGAAAUUUGGAUGCUCCUGAGGGCGGUUUCGAUGCUAUCAUGCAAGCUGUGGUUUGCAGAGAUCAAAUCGGUUGGCGCGAGAAGGCCCGAAGAUUGCUCGUCUUCUCAACUGAUGCUGGUUUUCAUUACGCAGGAGAUGGCAAACUUGGAGGAAUUGUUAAACCCAACGACGGUCUUUGCCAUUUAGAGAAAGGUCUAUACACGCACUCCUCUCUCCAAGAUUAUCCGAGUAUCUCGCAGAUCAAUUUGAAGGUGAAGCAGAAUGCGAUCAAUGUGAUUUUCGCUGUAACCGAAGAGCAGAUUUCCGUUUACAAUAAAUUGAAGGAACACAUCGAAGGAGCUUCCAGCGGUCAAUUAUCCAAUGAUUCAUCUAACAUCGUUGAUUUAGUUAAAGAUCAAUACCAGCAAAUUUCUUCUCUGGUUGAGUUGAAAGAUAACGCGACGAACGCGAUCAAGAUCAAUUAUUACUCGAGGUGUUUGAACGGAUCCGGAAGCGAUAAGAAAACGAACAAAUGCGGAAACAUCAAGGUUGGGGAUGUUGUUGAGUUUAAGAUUGAGAUCGAAGUGACCGCAUGUCCGAAAGAUCCCAAGGAUUGGAAGCAGACGUUACAGAUUUACCCUGUUGGAAUUAACGAAAGUUUGGUGGUGGAUUUGGAGAUGCUUUGUUCGUGUCCUUGCGAACAGCCCGGACACAUUGCAUUCCAAAAAUCUGCUGAUGUCUGCAACAUGUACGGAGAUUACAAGUGCGGAAUCUGCGAAUGCGACAGCUCGCAUUUCGGUAGAUACUGCGAGUGCUCCGCUAGCGAAGUGGAUUUCUUCAACAAUACUUUAGGAUGUCGCGCGGAUAACACGAGUAGUUUGGAUUGUUCCGGUCGUGGAAGCUGCGUUUGCGGGCGGUGCGAAUGUAAUUCCAGGAAUAACGAAGAUGAGAAAGUUUAUGGGAAUUUUUGUGAAUGCGACAACUUUUCGUGCGACAGACACGAAGGUAAAAUUUGCAGCGGUCCGACUCAUGGCUCCUGCGAUUGCGGCUCUUGCGUUUGCAAAGAACCUUGGGGCGGAGCGGCGUGCGAUUGUAGGAUGUCGAAUGAGACUUGCAAAGCGCCAGGACUUGCCGAUGGUGAAAUCUGUUCUGGUCACGGCGAUUGCAAGUGCGGUGUCUGCAAAUGCGAGAAUACUGAAGAGGGAAGGUAUUCAGGGAAAUAUUGCGAAAAAUGUCCUACGUGCUCCGAUCGGUGUGAGGAAUUCAAGCAUUGCGUUCAAUGCCAAAUGUACAAGACGGGUCCAUUCGAUGAAAACGUUUGCGCGAAGAACUGCACCAAAUUCACUCCGAUCGGCGUGGAACAGGUCGAAGCCAAAGAGGAGAACGACGAGAAUUUGUGCGCGUUUUACGAUGACGACGAUUGCAGAUUCGCGUACGUUUACUACUUCGAUGAAUUCAAUAAGGUUGUCGUUAAAGCGCAGCAGGAUCGCGAAUGCCCAGCUAAGGUUUUCCUUGUUGGCAUAGUACUAGGCGUCAUAGCAGCGAUCGUCUUCAUAGGUUUAGCUAUCCUAUUACUAUGGAAACUGUUGACAACGAUACACGAUCGUCGGGAGUUCGCCAAGUUCGAGAAGGAACGCAUGAUGGCCAAAUGGGACACUGGCGAAAAUCCGAUUUACAAACAAGCCACGUCCACGUUCAAGAACCCCACGUACGCAGGAAAAAGUUAAGGAAUUUGUUCUUCCCAAGAAGAUUUUUAUAAAAAAUAAUUAAAAACGCGCUUAAAUCUUCAAUUAGUUUAUUAUAUUUGCUUAUGAAAAAUGGAGUGAGCGUGUAUAUAGAUUCUUAUAUUUAGAGAAUUAUUUAAAAAACAAAUAUUUAUUCGCAUUUACUCGAAUCGAAAACAAUAACUGCCAAAAAAAAUUGUGAACACUGUGAGCUUCCGCUUCUUAACAUUGAUAUACCAAAAAAAACAAAACAAAUAUUUCGUAAGCUUAACAUUAUUAGUAUUAGAAUU